GCCGGGAUUUAACAGUUUGAUGGAACAUCGCUCGCAUGUCCAUGCUGAAGCUCGUCCAGUGCGAAUUCUGGCGCUAACUUGCGCAUCUUUGCGAAUUCCAGCAGUUCUCUGCGUUAGCGCACUGUGCCAUACAUAUUGAACAGUAUAGACUGCACUACGCGUGCACACGUUUCACACUCUGGAUGCGAUAGCUUAACUUAGGCAAGGAGUCCAGCUCCAGGACUCAGCGGAGAGAAUGCGCAUUCAAAUGAUGGCAGUAGUUGUUGCUAAGUGUACCGCUUACUAGAAAGGAUUCAACCUAAGCUCUGCGCCUUUCCUGGUAACGAACGAGGUUCUCAUGUACCCUGGUAGCGACUUUCAGGCUAUGCAGUUGUUGCCAGGAGUUAGCUAUGUUGCUGUUCCGGGCACUGCUGGCACCUGGACAAAUCAAAGUGGCGCAACUGUGCCAUCCAAAUCGGGCAAAGGAGCUCGAGGUGCACAGGGGCCUAAUUCGGUCCCCAUGCACAGCCUCGCGCCUGUGAACAGUCAAGUUGCUUACAUCGAUGGCGCGCCGCAUGUUAUGGCGCCUGCGGGCCCACCGUCCUAUUCCAGGCCAGCUGCGCAUAUGCAGCAAGGUCGGCCUGUUCAAGCUGUAAGUGCUCACAGCCAGCCCGCGACCGUGAUUCAGGUCCAAGGCUACACACAACCACAGCCCCAGCCUCAGGUGCUGCAGCUGCACCCUUCCUCCGGCGGGCCCCACCUCUACAAGGUCACCAACGGAACCCGCGUCGUCAAGGCCGGCCAGCCCUACCCCAACACCACCAUCGUGCAGACCGCAGCUGCAGUGCCCGGGGGAGGACUCCCACCACCCCAGCAACAAGUCGGAAUGGCGAUGGCGGCUCGUCCACAGGUUGGCGGUGGUGGCGUUGGCGGCAGCGGCCCGGGCCUUCCGCCACAGCUCCAAAACCUGCAGGUCCCCCAACAGCCCAACGGCGUGCCGCUGUCCUCAGGCUCGGCUGCCGUACAGCAGCAGAUGAUGCAGCACCCGCAGCAGGCCAAGGUGACCCUGAUGCAUGCGAAUCAGGCGCCCACGCCGCACCAGCAGCACGUGCUGGUGGCGCAGCCGCAGCAACAGCAGUUGCUAGCACAGCAGCAGCAACAGCAGUCCCAGCAGCAACAGCAGCAGCUGACGUCAUCUGGCAUGCCCGCACGCCAGGGCAUCGGAAUGAUACCCGCAACACCAGUUCACGGCGGACCCGCGGCAACCGGAGCUCCCCUGCAAGGCCCAACGCCAGCCUUCCAGUCGGUGGCCAUGCGCCCUGCAACCCUGCGGCCCGUCAACGGUGGGCCGCCCAUCACCGUGCAAUCCGUGUACGUCCCGCCACCGCCAACCGUCACCACAACCACCGUUAUCCGCCCUGGCAUGCGCAUUCCCAAGCUCGGCACCGUGGCUACAUAUAACCCGGUUACCGGUGUGCGCGCUCUGACCACUGCGGGUGGCGUUCCCGCCAACAUCCUCGCGCCCGCGCUGCCCGUGGGGCUGCCCCCGAGCCUGGCGCAGCAGGUGCAGAAGGCCAACAUCCUGCAACAACAGCAGCAGCAGCACUACCACCACCCGCAACAGCAGCAGCACCUUCAGCUGCAGCACCUGCAGCCGCAGCAGCAGCAGCAGUCAGCAAGUAGCAACCUGCAGGCGGUUAUGCAGCUGGCUGGAUCCCAGCCCGGGAGCCAGUUGACGGUGCGACCGGUGAGCGCCGUGCUGGGGGCAGCCGGCAACGGUGGAGGAGGUGUCGGCGGCUCGCUUCCGACGACGACGACUGUCAUGGUUGGGAGCGGCAACGGCAUGCCAGGCAACGGCGGCGGCGGUGGAGGCCUGCAUGGCCUCCACCCCUCACAGCACCUGCUACAGCUGAGCAACCAGGGCUCUAUGCACCGCCUGUCUCAUGUAGGUCAGCAGCACCAGCAGCAGCUGGGUCCAGGUGCGGGUGCUGGUGCUAAUGCUACUGCCAUGCAUGUGAGUCCCUUUGGGCAGUCGCACCCGCAGCAGCAGGUGGUCAGCAUCACCCUGGCUGACGGCACAACCGCCACAACCGUUAUGGAUCAGGCCACCCUGGCUCGCGUGCUAUCGGAGUCCUCUCGCGGCCAGGCGGUGAAACUGGUGCCGCAGCAGCAGCAGGGGCUUCCGUCGGGGCAGCCGGGGGGUGGCUUAAUGCAGGUACAGCAGGUGCCGGUUACCAUGGGCAUGAUGCAGCAGCAACAGCAGCAGCAGCAGGGGGGUCCGUCCUUGCAGGCGGGCGUACUGCGUGGUCCGGCAGCAGCGGGAGGCGGAGAGGGAGCAGGUGGAGGCGGCAUGGUGGAGCAGCUGGGAGGGGGCUUGCAGUCCGUGCAGUUGUCAGCCGCAGCGGCUGCCGCUUCCGCAGCAUCCAUGCAAGCAGCAUCCGGACAGGUCCUGACUGCCGGACAACGCGUCAUGGCGUCCUUUGGGGCCAGCGGCAUGCACUCAGGCAGCAACCACGGCCCGCCGCCGCCUCAAGCCGCCGGCUUCAGCCAGGCUGUACCUCCUCCGCAGGUGCGUGGCAUGCAGGGCCCCGCUCUGGCGCCACAGCAGCAGCAGCUGGAGCAGCAGCAGUCGAGGGUGAUGCAUGCUUCUCAGCAGUUCUCGCAGGGCAGGCGUUCAGUCGGGCACCCGGGCAUGAUGACCGAGAUGGACCCCCCCGCCACCGCUACAUCCGCAUCGGGUGGCUUCCCGCGGGUCCCAUCCUUUGGCAGCGGAGGAAACUCCGGUAUGUUUGUACGACAGCAGCAGCAGCAGCCUGGUCAGAAGCCAGGGCUGUCUGGCAUGAUGGACGGGGGGCUGAGUGUGGUGGACCUAGAUGCUUUGCUAGAGCGCCAGAGGCAGGAGGAGCAGCAGCAGCCCCUGCCACAGCAGGCGGCAACUGCCACUGCCAUGUCUGGCCUCGGCCAGGAGCAGGGCCCCUCUCGCACAGGCAGUGGCCUCUCGCAUGGCGCCAACGGUAGCAACGCUAGUACCAACAGCAACAGCGGUGCAUACGGCAAUCUCGGCCCCUUCACCACCGAAGCAGCCAUGGCUGCCGGCAUGGGCGGCGACAUGCUGAUGGUGGGCAGCAGCGGCGGCCUCGCUGCGCAAAACCCAACAGCAUGGGCGUCUUCAGGGCUGAUGAGCGCCUACAGCGGCCAGAACAGCGUCAGCAGCAACAACAACAUGGGGCCCCUGGGUCCAAACGGCGCUGUCGCCUUGGGCGCCCAAGGGAGUGGAGCUGGCGUGGCUAUCGGUGCCUCCGCAGUAGCAGCGGCUGCUGCAACAGCUGGCGGCUCGCGUGACGAUUUGAAGGCCAUCCUGGCGUCCAUUGGUCAGGAUCUGGCACGUCACGGCAUCAGCGUGGAGACGGCUGUGACGUCGGGUUGGCUUGGGGUGCUGACCGCCAUGGAUGUGGCGGUGCUGGCGGAUGCCUACGCGGAGGAGGAGCGCCGCCUGGCUCAGCAACAGCAGCAGCAGCAGUCAAGCCAGCAGCAGUCGCAGCAGCCGAAGAGUAUUCUGCAGGGCAGCAGCAACAACAACAAUAGCGGUGGCAGCAACUUUGGCUGCAACACAACAGUUACUGCCCUGCAGCAGCCCCUGUCCCAGCCACAGCACCAACAGCAACACCAGCAGCACCAACACCAGCACCAGCAGCACAUCUGGCAGCAGGCCGCGUCGUCCACCUUUGCCACUUCCGAGGCGGCCGCUAUCCACCCCUCCUCUCAGGCGGUGGCCCUCUCCCACAUGGGCCUGUCCCUAAGCGAACCCAUGCAACCCCUCCCCUCCGCGCCCGGCGGCGGCACCACCACGGACUCCCGCUCCCGGCCCCGCAGCGGCAGCACGGGUGAUCGCUGCCCCCCUGCAGCCUUCUUCGGCCCCCUCACGGCUUCGUCCGCACGGACAUCCAUGUCCGUGGCGCCCUCAGAAGAUGGGGCCGUCAGCACCUUGAGUGGUGCCGAGGGUGGCGGCUGCGGAGGUUCUCAAGCAGCAGCGUCAGCAGCGGGGUUGAUGAUGGCGCCGGCUGCGGCUGUGGAGCCCAAUGGCAGUGGCAACAGCAGCAACAGCGGCGGCGUGAUCGGCGGGGGUGUGGCGGUGGGUCUGGGUGCGUUUGGUUUUUACGAUGGCAUGGGCGGCAGCAGCAGCGGGGGCUACCCUGCCUUUCAGUACGGGCUCUUCAGCGGUGGGCUGGCGGGCUUGAGCGACGGCAGCCUGAGCGCUGAACACGAGCGGGCUGGCAGGGAGGUCGGUGCCGACGUGGAUGCAGCUGCCCUAGCGGAGGUGUUUGGCGAGCAGGGCGCCUGGCCGCCCCCGGGUGUUGCCCUCAUGGCGGAGGAGCUGGGGCUGGGGCUGCAGCAGCACCCGCCCCAGCAGCAGCAGCAGGUGCCACCCGAAUUACUCAUGGACUCGGCCUCGGAGUAUGAGGACCGCAAGCGUGCGUCGGCGUCGGGUGUGGCGGCGAAUGCAGCGGAGGGAGGUG